UUAAAUGUUUACAAUUGUUCUUGACAAAGUUUGUAUAUUUAAACAUUCAAUUUUAUAUAAAACUUUAAAAUAACAGUUAUACUACUUACCAACUACAUACUGAAUAAAAUCUAUAUUUAUUUAUCUAUAUUGUUAUAUUCCCUAAUAUUACUACGAAAUUUGUUAUACUUAAGUUAAUGAAACUAUAUAAAGAAAUAUUCAUUAAAGGAAUAUGAAAUUAAAUUAUAUAAAAAUGUUGAGAUGAUCAUUUGAUACUUCUAAAUUAUUGAGAAAAACAUUAAGCAGUGACCAAAAAGUUUUUCAAUUGACAAAGGGGAUUCCUCUAACCAGUAUGAAAAUGGAACAAGAGUACAUAUGUCUACGUAAAGAAUUCUUAUCAGCUGCUGAAGGCCAUGUUAAUAAAAUUGCAUUAAAUAUACUUAAGGAAUACUAUAAGCAAUCUGUAGAUUCAAAUCGCAAACUGAGUCAGAUUAAAGAUUUAUCAACAUUAUUGGACACAUUGGAAAAACGUAAUGUUUUAAGCUAUUAUAAUGUGGAACCACUUCUAUAUAUAUCAAAUAAUUUUUUGAAUGAUUUUCAAAUACAAAGCAAAUUAAAGAAUUAUCAAAUUUAUAUUCAAAACACGCAAUAUCCUUUAUCACGUAAUAUGUAUCAGGAAUCAAAUGAGAAUAAAGAUGAGGAUAAAUGUAAAAUAUCAUAUAUAACUGAAAACAGAUCAUCACAAAUAAAAGUACUUGAUGAUGUGGAAAAUAAAUCAACAUUACAGUACAAAGAUCUUAGAAGCAGUCGUCCUACACAGGAAGCUAUGUUACAACAAAUGAUAUUAUCACGUAUAAGUGAAAGAAUUGGUCGCUCUUGGAGAGAUACUCUCAGAUAUUUACAAGUUCCUGAAUACCAAAUUGAUAUAAUUCAACACAAACAUCCUUUUCACUUGAAAGAACAGAGUUACGAAGCUUUGAAAUUAUAUAUGACUCAGUAUAGUAACAAUAAUUGGAAAAUAAAUUUAAUGCAUGCUCUAGAGAAAGCAAGACGCAGGGAUCUGAAGGAAGUUGUUGAGAAACUAAUAUUAGAAUCGAAUAAUUAAUAAUUUAAA